AUGCUGCUAUCUUGUGUUUACAUGACAAAAGAUAUAAAUUUCAAGUGGAAAUUCGUCGCCAGAGAACUGAAAGUGUGUUUCAAUAAAAGAGAGCUAUAAUAGUGCAUAACAAGGUUAAGAAGUUGGAGUAAUAUCAAGGACCUUGAAUUGCUUGCUUAAUUUUCAUUAGAGUGUUUCAACCGCAGAGAAUACCAGGAAAGCAAAGAUUACUUAAAGAAGUUAAUUCAUUAUGCGGAUUCAGAAACAAGUGAAAACUUAAAGUCAUUGAAUACAAUCAAUCAUCUAAAAGAUAUUGCGUAGACUUGUGAUUCAGAAUAGUUUUGUAUGAUUUUGGAUAUAUUUCUUAAAAUUUGUCUACCUCAAUGUUUAAGUCCUUAGUUGUUGAACUAGGUACAGGAAUUAUAAAGUAUUGAAAUUGUUAAUCAAUUUAUUACAUUAUUAUAAAGAAUAGUUUAUAUGAAUGAAAUAGAUUAAUUAAUUGAACAGCAUAAUAUAAUUUAAUACUUGUUGGAUAUAACAAUAGAAUUGGAUGAUUUCAAAGAAUGGUUUUAAAUUAUUGAAUAGUUAUGCAAUUAUCAUUCAAAACCUUCUCUUUACUUUAAGAACCUUAUUAUUCCUUGUUUAAAAUUAUUACAAUACGAUUCAAAUCAAGUCACUCUACAAGUGAUUGAAAGUAUGUGCAAUUGCAAAACAGAUAGAAGAGGAGCGAUCAAUUAUUUGCUUAUCAUUCCAGGAUUCAUUGAUUUGUUGAUAAGUAACCUCUCUAAAUCCUUCAAUAUCAUCAGCCAUAUCAUUGAAUAAUCUGAUGAUGGUACAAGUAAAUUAAUUUCGAUGGACUUGUUUAUGAAAUUGCAUAAAUUAUUAGAAGCAGAUUAAUCCUUAAAAACUACAUUCAUUUAUCUCAUUCUCUUAAUAUGUUUUUACAGAACGGACACCAUCAUACAUAUACUUAUUGAGUCAUAACUGUUUUAUAGUAUUCUUGCAUUAGAUGAAUAAACUUUACAAUAUGAUGAUUUAAUAUUGAUAAGCCGAAUGCUUCUUUAUUUAAUUAGGAAAUAUUCUAAUGAAUCCUUCUAUCUGUAUUUAAUUUAGAAGACCUUAUUUAUUAACAUGUUAGGAUAGUUGCUGAAUAAAUUUGAACUACAAGAAGUUUAUAAUAAUACGAUACAUUCAAUCAUUCAUAUGGCAUUUUCAUAAUCGAUGGAAUUUUCCAAAAUAUUUAGACAAAGUAUUUUAAUGAAACCUGUUGAGGAAUAAUUAUAAAAGAAUAAAUCAAAAGAUGCAAACAUUGAUGAUAAAAUAUACGAAUUUUUAAAUAUUACAUAUAAAUGA